GAUUGAUGAUUAUUAUCAAGAGUAAAUCAAGCAAAACAAUUCGCAGUAAAUGGAUAUAAGGCAGUGGAAUCAUUUCAUAUCAAGAAAAAGAUAGAACACAUGGAAUGACACGUAAUACACAUGUGGCGCCUAAUCAUUUUGAGGAAAAGAUGACACAUAACAAUUCCAUGUUGUCCCUUUGAGUUUUAAUUAUAGGUAAUUAAUUAAUUAUAGAUUGUUAAAGUACUUUGCAUGGGCUGCCACAUUUUCUUGAUUCUGUUUAUAUACUACACGUCUAGACCAAAGAAAGCACAUAUCUAUUUAACUUAAUACCUAUACUCCUAGUCCAAAAAAAAAAAAAAAAAAAAAAAAAACCUUGCUUAUAUAUACUCCCCGCACACAAACCAUAAACCAUGGCAUAUUGGUCUGAUCUCCCUUCGGAGCUCCUCGAUCUCAUUGCCACCGGCUUUGACACCCCAUUCGACACUUGUCGUUUUCGUUCCGUCUGUUCCACAUGGCGGUCCGCCAUCCCUCAAACACUACCCAUAUUUUUUCCACCUAUAAAAUUCCUUAACUGUGACCUCCGACUCACCAAAUACACAUUUUGCCAUCUUUCUGCCUCCUUUGAUAACGACGAUGGCCCCGGGUGGCUCAUCAAGACCGAGGAGCACAACCCGGGGGCGGUCCAUUUGUUCAACCCUUUCUCUAGGACCCUCAUCAAACAGUUAGCUUCAUAUCUUCCUAGGAAGUUGGAUCUAACCAACAUUAAAAUCAAGGAUUUGGGUUGUGAGUAUGUCUUACGUAACGUUAGUAAUCCUAGUACAAAAAAUAUGGAUUACUACAACAUGGAGCAACAAAAGGUAGCUUUUACCUUCCUUAAUAAUUCUAAUAAUGUUAAUGAUGAUUAUGUUAUUUUGUGUACACAUAACACGGGUAAGCUACUCAUGUACCAGUCCAAAAUCAAAUCAUGGACGUUUUUGGAUGAUUACACUUUAGGUUAUGAUGAUCGAAGCAUAUUUGUUAAUGAUUGGUCGUUAAAUUACGUUGAUGUAGUAGAGUUCGAUGGUACAUUUUAUGCUAUUACCAACUCGGGUAGGACUGUAGCCAUUAAAGUUGUUGAUUAUUCCGUUACAGUAACAUUGGUAAAUAUUGCUAUUAUUGGUGGCGAUAAAAAAUGUCUAGUAAAAGUAUCUAAUGAUCUAUUAUUGAUAGACCUGUAUACCGAUAUUACUCCUAAAAUAAUAAAGGUACACGGGAUUGAGAUUUUCAAGCUCGAUAAGGAUAAACAAAAGUGGAAUUUGGUUAAGAAUUUAGAAGGGCAUGCAAUUUUUAUGAGCAACCAUUCUUCAUUUCCCGCUAUUGGUUUAAAAGGGUGCAAAGGUAAUUGCAUAUACUUUCAUUUUAAGAACUUAGACAAUAAGGAUUCAUGUUAUUCGGAGAUUAAAGUGGGAGAUUUGGAUAAAAUGGAUGAUUUUGAGUGGAAAAGUGAUGAAGUUGGUGUUUUUGAUUUUGAAAAAGGAAUUUUUGGAUUGUUGGAAGAAUAUUUGGAUGAUUCUCAGCUACUUUCUUGGCCUCCACCAAGCUGGGUUACUUUGGCUCGUGUGACAUGAAGUCAUUAAUUUACGUUAUUUAGAGUUUUUUACAUGGACUUCGAUGCAGAGCUAAGGUAGAUGUAUUCACUAAUAAUU